UCACGAGAUCCAUUCCUCUAUUCAGUCUAAUCUCGACACUCGUCUGACAAACUCACGGGUUCUCCACAUUUAUCGCCAAAAACGCAAUAAUGCCGAUUGACGCGGUUUCGUUUGCCAAGGACUUCAUUGCCGGCGGUGUGUCGGCCGCUAUCUCGAAGACGGCGGUGGCGCCCAUCGAGAGAGUGAAACUCCUUCUUCAGGUCCAACACGCGUCCAAACAGAUCGCGGAAAGCCAGCGAUACAAAGGUAUUAUCGACGCGUUUGUACGCAUUCCUAAAGAACAGGGAGUCGUCGCCUACUGGAGAGGAAACUUCGCGAAUGUGAUCCGAUAUUUCCCGACUCAGGCGUUGAACUUCGCCUUCAAAGACAAAUACAAACAGGUCUUCUUGGGAGGGGUCGACAAAAACAAACAAUUCUGGCGAUACUUCUUAGGAAACCUGGCGUCCGGUGGAGCAGCCGGGAAGGAAUGGAAAGCUAAGAAUCUUAGAAUUCAGGGUCAUUUGGUUUGCGAUUGUCUGAACGCUUUGAUCGUAAGACUCGGUGCCGAAAUCCAAGUGAUAACCGGA